AUGUUGAUGCUGUUAAGAAUCGCCGAAAUGCUAAUCCCAAUUAUGAUAUCCAUAUGUAUGAUGGGAUUCAAAAAUAGAAAUGUUACUGAUUAUAUCAAGAUUCUUCAACUACAAAACCAUGAGUCACACUGGUUUUUCAAAAUUGUUUUUACCCAAAUUUCUAUUUAUGUAAGUUUGUUUUUUACCAUGCUUGUCAUAUGUGGACUAUUGAUAAAAGAACAAAUUCCUAAGAAAUUGGUACUGGUUGGCUCAGUCGUACAAGUACUUUUAUGUAUUGCAUCCUCAUUUUUUUUACUGCAAUUUCAUAAAGAUUUGGGCAAGUUUGAACUUGUUCUAUGUUCGUCAGCAUUCGGAUUUAAUGGCUUGUUGUUUACAAUUGAUGCGAUAAUUAUGUUUCAACAAAUCGUAUUUUCACGUUCACGAUAA